AUGAAUGCUUCCGUUGAAUGCUGCCUCUUGCUGCAGAUUCGCCCUGCCCGUCGAGUGGUUGGACACGGCUCUUGUCGGCCUGCACAAGAACAUCGAGAUGCACUGCUACCCAUCUUCGUCGAGCAUGACCGUGCACUGCACGCUGAAAGACAGGCAUCCGACGUUAUUGCGGAGCUUUUCUUAAAUUUCCAUGAGAGUCGAUGGGAAGCGUCCUUUGCGCUGUGA